UGAUGAGUUCCUCGUCCUCCUUGUUUUGACAGGAUUCGUGCAAAGGACGCUUAAGAAUAAUCCUUCCGCACUUUCUUCUAAAUUCGCAAAGAAAGCAAAAAAGAAAGAAAGAAAGAGGAUUUUAGGGUUUCAUCAUCUGACAUGUCAGACGCACUUUCCUUGAUUCCCGCCGCCGUUCAUCGCAAUCUCUCCGAUAAACUCUACGAGAAGCGCAAAAAUGCUGCCCUUGAGAUUGAGAACAUUGUGAAGAAUCUAACUUCAGCGUGUGACCAUGAAAAGCUCUCUAAAGUCAUUGACAUGCUGAUCAAGGAGUUUGCCAAUUCUCCCCAACCUAAUCAUCGCAAGGGUGGAGUUCUUGCCUUAGCUGCUGUUACUGUUGGCUUAUCCUCAGAAGCUCCACAAUACCUUGAGCAAAUAGUGCCACCUGUUAUCACCUCCUUAUCUGAUCAAGAUAGCCGAGUUCGGUACUAUGCUUGCGAAGCUCUCUAUAACAUUGCAAAGGUUGUCAGAGGCGAGUUCAUUUUUUUCUUCAAUAAGAUCUUUGACGCUUUAUGCAAACUCUCGGCAGAUUCUGAUCCUAGUGUCCAAAGUGCUGCUCAUGUCUUAGAUGGACUUGUUAAGGAUAUUGUGACGGAAAGUGAUGAGUUCAGUAUUGAGGAAUUCAUACCUCUGUUAAAAGACCGCAUGAACGUCUUAAACCCUUAUGUUCGACAGUUUCUGGUAGGAUGGAUCACUGUUCUUGACAGUGUUCCAGACUUUGAUAUGCUCGGAUUUCUACCAGACUUUCUUGAUGGGUUAUUCAAUAUGUUGGGCGACUCUAGGCAUGAAAUACGACAGCAGGCUGUUUCUGCUCUUUCAGAGUUUCUUCAAGAGAUUAAAAAUUCACCAUCUGUAGAUUAUGGUCGCAUGGCUGAAAUACUGGUGCAGAGGGCUUCGUCUCCUGAUGAAUUCACUCGGUUAACAGCUAUCACGUGGAUGAACGAGUUUGUAACACUUGGGGGUGAUCAGCUCGUGCACUACUAUGCUGAUAUUCUUGGAGCUAUCUUGCCUUGCGUGUCUGACAACAAUGAAAAAAUCAGAGAGGUUGCUCGUGAAACCAAUGAAGAACUUCGUUCAAUCCAUGUUGAACCCUCAGAUGGUUUUGAUGUUGGUGCAAUUCUCUCUGUAGCAAAGAGGCAGCUAUCAAGCGAUCAUGAGGCUACUCGAAUUGAAGCAUUGAUUUGGAUAUCAACACUUUUAAACAAGCAUCGUGCUGAGGUCAUGUGCUUCCUGAAUGAAAUAUUUGAUACACUGCUAAAAGCCUUAGCUGAUUCGUCUGAUGACGUGGUGCUCUUGGUUCUGGAAGUUCAUGCCGGUAUAGCAAAAGAUCCACAACACUUUCGCAAACUCUUUGUCUUUCUUAUCCACAAUUUUCGAGCGGAUUAUUCUCUAUUGGAAAGGCGCGGUGCCCUUAUUAUCCGGAGACUGUGUGUACUUUUGGAUGCCGAAAGAGUCUAUCGAGAGCUCUCAACUAUACUAGAGGGAGAAGAUAAUCUUGACUUUGCUGCAACCAUGGUUCAGGCACUGAAUUUGAUUUUGCUUACAUCCUCAGAGUUAUCAAAGCUAAGAAACCUUUUAAGAGGUUCGCUCGUCACUCGUGAAGGGAAAGAACUUUUGGUUGCCUUGUACGCUUCAUGGUGCCACUCACCCAUGGCAAUUAUAAGCCUCUGCUUAUUAGCUCAGGCUUACCAGCACGCAAGUGUCGUUAUUCAAUCAUUGGUAGAAGAAGACAUAAACGUCAGAUUUCUCGUACAGAUUGAUAAAUUGAUUCGUCUUCUCGAAACUCCAAUCUUUACUUACCUUAGAUUGCAGCUUCUGGAACCAGGAAGGUACCCAUGGUUGCUGAAAACACUUUAUGGUCUUCUAAUGUUACUUCCGCAGCAAAGUGCGGCGUUUAGGAUACUUCAGACAAGGCUCAAAACUGUCCCAACGUACUCAUUCAGUGGCGGUGGAGACCAAAUAAGCAGAGCAUCUUCAGGAGUUCCUUCCUCUCAGUAUAGGCUUCAUCACGAGAACGACGGUGAUCCAGAAGACAAUACUAUCAACAGUUGUCACCAAGGAAUCAAUUUUGCUGCACGGCUGCAACAAUUUGAGAAUGUGCAGAAUCAGCAUCGUGGCCAGGCAAGGAAGAAAGUGAACUACUCAUAUAACAGCACUUCCUCUUCUUCUACAUCAAAGGAGGUGAAGACAUCUAAAGAACAACAACCACCUUCCUUGACAUCAUCAUCAUCAGUUGCAGAUAACAAUCGACCUUCACCAAGAUCUAGAAAAGGCUCUGGUCAGUUACAGCUAUAA